AUGAGAACACAGGACAGCGCGAACAGCACUGCUGCUACAGACAAACCAAAGCCUGUGAAAAGGGCGAGGGUUGCGGUGGCCUGCCAGAGAAACGAGGGCUUGGUGCACUGGAAGAAGCUACAGAAAGAGCUGGGUUCCGCCGGGAAUGCAAAUGCGAAUGGGAGCGGGAGCGGGGGCGGUGGCGGGGGCGAUGAGGCUGGUAGUGAUAGUCCGCCCAAGAAUUCAAUGACUGUAGCAUUUAGCAGUGUAAAUGGGAUCGGGGAUUGGUGGUCGAGUUCGAGCACAGCGCCAACCCCUACGAAUGCGGUGGCUGUGAGGAGGCAUACGAAGCGGCCGAGUGUGUCAUUUGAUGUUGGAGAUUACGCUGAGAGCCGGACCGAUCUAAACGAUUUCGGAGGCGUGGAAUCGGUAGUUGAAAUUCUAAGGGACUUGUCGCUGGAGGCUGGUGGGGGGUAUAUUGGCGCUUCUUCACAUAUCACGAUGGGCCGGAUGAUCGGAUCGAUAGUCAAGGCGAAAGAGACCUUCACAGCAACGAAUGGACGGGGAAUCGAAGAGCAUCUUAGCCCGAAGUCGGUAUGCACGGCUGCAAGUCCACCGGAUGGGAUACUAGAGGCGCGACAUGUUCCAGCGGAUAUUGCGGAGAGGCUAUUCAAGGGGUACUUGAAGCACAUUUCGACACGAUGGCCAGUACUACGGACGCCAUAUGUACGCAGGCUACAUGCGGAGAGGUUGAAUCUGGUCGAUCCGUACUCUACUGCGCUUUUGCACUUGGUGUAUGCUAUUGGGGGGCGAUUCCUAGAGACCACGGGCGAGGCGGGUAAUUUCUUCCCGGAAGAGCACCAUGCAGCAGCACUGCGACAUUUGGAUGAGAUACUACAGUAUCACGAGAUCCGAUCUGUAGAGGUGUUGCUUCUUUUCUCGAUAUACAGCUUGAGAGCACCGAGAGGACCAGGCGCUUGGACGUAUGUUGGACUCGCUAUGCGGCAGUGCAUUGACAUGGGGUUUCAUCGAAGAACUCCUCGGAAAAGGAGGCCGCUUAUGGAGACUGAGAUGAGGAAAAGGUUACCCCUGGACGUCGAUGAAGCUGUCGAAGACCCUGCGUUACUCAAGCAGGCACAUCGUGCCGCAAAGAUACAUGGGGACCAGCCUCCCGCCAAAUCAUCAUCUAUGAGCUGCUUCAUCCACAUAUGCCGCCUAAGAAUCAUCGAAUCCAACAUUCAGCAAGCGAUCUACCGUGUCGAUCAACCCACUAGCGUAACAGAACCAGAAGCCGAGAGAUUUGUACUACAACUAGAGCAAUGGAAAGCAAAUAUGCCUCGAGAUGCACGAAACCCUGACACUCCCUCAAAUGUAGAACUAGACUCCAUGUCCAUGGACGGUUACGACUACCACGUCUAUAGAUGGUGUACUACUACAAAUGCAUGCGCUUCCUCCUCCAUCCCCGCCUCUCCCGGCAACAAACAAACACCCAGUUCCUCCGCAAAUGCGCCGAAGCCUGCGGCGGCGUGUGCCAGACCUACAAAAAGCUGCAUCAGAACGUCUCGGCCGGCUUCUACCUCAUGGCGCUGCACUGUCUUCCUCGCCGGGCUGACCCUCAUCUACUGCGCCUGGAUAUCGCCGCGCGAGGUCUUCGGCAUCGUGCUAUACAUCAUCACGGAGCGCUGGCCCGGCGCGAAGAAGUACCGUGAUGUGUUUGAGACGAUUAAGCAAAAUGCGCUGGAUAGUAUUGAGGAAGGGAAGUACGCGCCAAGGCGGGCAAUCAAGAAGUUGAGGCCUACGCUGAGGCAGACGCUGCGGACGAUAGAUAAGAAUGAGGAGGGCCAGGAGGAGUUUGAGGCUAUGGUCGCGGAUAUGGCUGGAGCGGAAACUGAAGCCAGCGGUGAGGGGAGUUUAAGCUUAGGCACGAGUCCGAAUACCGAGAGGCACGAUAGUCACGACUUUGGAAAUGGGGAUAUGGAAGGGGGGCAGUUUACGUUUGGGCCGCCGCUGGACAACCUGCCGUUGGAUUAUCAUGGGGGCCAGCUGAUGCAGGGCAUUUCUGAUGAUGGGGAGGUUGUGGAAAGCGGCAUGACCUCUGCCCUGCCUGCUCGCCGUUGUAUUCUUUGGUGGCUGGCUAGGAACGACCGCUAUCUUGCUUUGGUCUUGUCCUGCGUUCCUGCGUGGAUGAACUGA